ACAGUAAGACCUGAGUUGUAUAUUCGGCGACAUGUUGAUUUCUGCCGAGAAAUCCAAACCCAAAAUCAAAAGCGAGCGGAUUUUCCUUUCCCCGCCCGCCGCGACGUGUCUCCCGCCCCGGCGCCUCUCUUUCAGGUGAGCGGCCGCCCUCCCUCGUCCCCCUUGGCUCGGGCUGUUCGGUCGCCCAUCAAAUCGCAAGCUGCCAAAAAAUCACGCUUCCUUCCUCCGUUCCUCCCCUCGUCUCCAAGCCGGACUCCACGGCCAUCUCGUCUCCAACGCAGCGGUUCGGUUACACAGUUUCGUUUUCGCCUCUGCAUCCGCGCGCGCGAAACAACACGGGUCAGUAAGGGCCGCGACCGGUUCAAGUCUCGGCGGCGACUUGGACUCGACUCCUCCACGCGGUGCCUGCUGCCAGCCGCUACCCGUGGUGUAUACUCCCGCCUCGUUGUUUGGUCGCUGAGACCCGUGGAAGCGAGCACAGGGGAGGAGCGGCAGGGAGGGAGGGAGGUUGUGGCCUCGACGGCGUCCAUGGACCUCGUCCGACAGGAGGCGGACAGGGGCUCCGCCACGGAGUUCGUGGCGCUCGACAUCAGUGGCGAAACGGACUCGCCCGGGGCCGAGGCGGACCUGAUGAUGGAGUCCUCAUUCGCCGGGAAGGCUCUCGAGCGGGAGCGAAACGGAGACGCCAAUUCGUCUUCCACCGGUGUGGCGGGCGUGUACGAGAAGCAGGCGGUGGCUGUACACGUCGACGGCAGCCCGAGGGAGCAGUUCCACCCCUCGACGCCAACAGCAGGUGGGGCAAAGCGUCGUCGUGCCAGCCGGCGUGUUCUGGGGUGGCGCGAUCCCAGGAAGAUCCUCUUCGCUUUUGCAGCAUUGUCCAGCGUGGGCACGUUGAUCCUGCUCUACUUCACUCUCUCCAUGGGGAAGAUGACAGGAGGUCAAGCUGAUGGCGAGUGAUAGCCUUGCUUUGUCUUGCUUUCCAUAGCAUUAUUAAUGUUUGUACAAAAGAAACUGAGAAAUGGCUGGAUGCUAAUGUUAUAAUGUAGCAGUCAUACAUCAGCGCGUAUAUCACCAUGAUUUGAGAUGUUUGUACAUAGACACAGGAUAGGUUUACAGAGAGUUUUAAGGGAAGAAUUUUACUCCUGAGGAGCGUUGGACAGCUUAAGCACUAAUAAAUGUGUCGAUUUGAGAUGCUCAGUUACCAGUUGAA